CAAAACAACAGAAUAGGUAUCCAAUUACGAGGGAAAAUUUGCAAUAUUCAUACGUGUGAAUCGCAAGUACCUACUUAUUUACUUUUGACGUGAACAUGUAGUUUUUUGAUCGCGAGGUCAAAUCAAAAUUAACGAUGGAGAAUUUUACAAAAUCGUGUAACUUUUAUCUUAUAAUUUCGGUCUUGAUAUUGGUGACAGAAACCAUACUCUUGGAUACCUGUAAUACACCAGAUGAAUGUGAAUCUACAGCAAAAUAUCUAAUGGAAUCGGUCGACUUCGAAGUAAAUCCAUGCGAUGACUUUUAUUCGUUCGCUUGCGGUAAUUAUCCAAAAACACAUCCGCCCGAAUAUUUUUCAAUAAGCAGUCCUCAGAUAAGAAUGGAAGAGAAUAAAAAACUAAUUCAAGAAUUUCUCGAGAAAAAAAAUCAAAAUGAUGAGCCUCGAGCUGUCCACAAAGCGAGACAAUAUUAUUCUCUAUGCAUGAACACAAGUUCGAAUUCGGAUAGUGCUGAAAUCAUUAAAAAGAUCGUUUCGGAGCUUGGCUUAUCAGGAUUUAUGGAGAAUGAUGAUGAAUUUAUGAGGAUCCCACAGACAGUACCAAUUUAUCCGAGUCCCGAACCAGACAAUGCUGAAUUUGAUUGCGCUCGAACGUUGGCUAGAGCAACAAGAAUAACUGGAAUUGAAACAAUGCCGCUCACAGUAACGCCAAGCCCUUUCAAUAAAUCAAUAAACGUCAUUCGAUUGAUACGACCAGCAUAUGAUUCAAUGCUUUUAAAUCUUCACAAAGAAAGGAAUCUUAAGCUCACAAAAAAAGCUGUCAUAGAAAUGAUCAUGCACCAAUCAAUAUCAAUUGAGGGGGAAGAAAGGCCAAAACUCAGGUCUUUACCAGAACUACACACGCUUCAAGGAAUACAAGAUAUCACCACAGUGAUUGCAAAAGAAGAGAAUUCCCUUUUUCCUGCCUUUAAUUGGACAAGAUUCAUAGAGGAAAUGUUCGCUGAUUUGAAACAUUUGCCUCUAAAAUUGGAAGAUCCGACCGACAUGCGAGUUAUUGUCGACGACUGGGAUGAUAUUAAAACGUUGAUAAGGAAUAUUCAUCGAGUAAACAGGACAGUAAUCGAAAAGGCAACUGUUUAUGAAAUCACGGCAAAAUUUAUUUUUUUCAUCAUUGCUGGAUCUCAAAAUCAACUGAAGAUUGAAGGUAUAUCCCUUCCUUCAAUUGCAAGCCCGAAGUUGUGCACUAAAAUGACAACAGCUUUAUUUGAAAUGCCAGUUGCUUACGUAUACAAAGAUCUCGAGAUGAAAACCCACAGCAAGCAUAAAGAAGAGGUUCGUGCCAUGGUCGAAUACACGCGGGAAAGUCUUGCAAAAAUCAUUGAACAGUCAGCGUGGAUGGAUAAGAAAGUAGAGAAAAAAGCUAUGGAUAAAUUGAGAGCGAUGAAAACAUACGUUGGCUAUCAUAAUGUUCUCGAUAAGCCACAAAAUUUGGAAAAAUUGUACAAUAAUGUGAACAUUACCAACAACUUAAUGGAAACGACUCUGCAACUGGAACAAAAUAAUCUCAAGAUUAAAUUGAAUAAAUUGAAUGUGCUCAAUGAUCCCAGCGACGCCGAUUGGUUUUGCCCACCCACCAUCGACAACGCUUAUUAUAUGCGAGAAAGAAAUGCAUUCAUUGUUCCUUCGGCUAUGCUGGGAGCACCAGUUUACACUGACUGUUCCAAAGCAUUUAAUUUCGGAACGAUUGGACUGAUAAUUGCUCAUGAAAUGUCUCAUGGAUUCGAUCUCAACGGAAGAUUAUAUAAUGAAAAAGGCAAUUCGGAAAACUGGUGGGACGAAGAAACUACUCGAAAAUACCUAAAAAAAGUGAAAUGCUUCGUAGACGCAUAUGAUAAAUACGACGUUACAAUUAAUGGAAAAACGAUGAAAAGCAAUAGUUCACAUACAAUCAACGAGGACAUCGCUGACAAUGGAGGUUUCAAGGCGAUAUUAUACGCUUACAGAAGCUACUCUUCGGAAACAGGCAAAGGGUUAUUGGUGCCGAAAUUUGAAAAUCACACUCACGAACAACUGCUCACUCUAGGAUUUGCUAACUUCUUCUGCCAAAGUUAUUCUAGCUUUGGAGCACUGUUCUACAAAAUUAACGGAAUCAGAAGGGAUGUACACAGUCCAAACAAAAUACGAGUAAAUGGGGUUUUAAUGCACUCAGAAGAAUUUCCCAAGAUAUGGAACUGUCCUAAAGGUAGCAACAUGAACCCAUUUGGAGAAAAAUGUUCGCUUUGGUGAAUUUCAAAGCUAUCGAGUACGAGAAAUCAUAUCGACUGCGUUCAAAUCGUAAUUAUUUAUUUUUCAGUUCUGGUCUAUACAGUAUUUUAAUAAGAGCAUUAUUGUUUGGGUAAGUAAGCGAUAAAAAGUAAAAAUAAACUUAUGUGGCUUGUCUUAUCAAUAUAAUGAAUUAAAAAUUGAGGAUUAACUCGAAUUAGGCAUUGAUGUGCUUCGAAAAAAAAAUACUCAUUAUAAAUUUCAUAGGUAUAGGUACGUAAAAUAGUUCUUAUCACGAUGCAUUAAUUUUAAUUGAUGCACGUGAUUGAUUUUUUUUUAUAAGAAAUAAUGCCUAUACAAGAGAUAUUGUACGUUACCUAUUUAUCUACAUUGCACAUUGUACAUCUACAAACACUAUUAGUAUAGCAUUAAUUCAACACUAGAAGUAUGUGUUCAAUUGUUCAUCGUAUGCUACAAAUUACUUUGUGUACCUAAGAUUAAUUUUGGAAAAUAUAGUCAUUUGUGUUUAUAUCAAAAUAACUCUGAAUAUAAUUUUCGUUCGACAUUAA